GGGGCCCGCCCGCCGCCGAGGGGGGGCAGCCCUUGCGGGGGGCAGCCUGCUGCGGCCCGCCCCGCGGCAGGGUCAGGGGGGGCGAGGCCGCCCGCCGCGGAGGGGCGGCGGGGCGCCGAGGCUCAGGCGAGAUGUCGCCCCUCCCGGGCAUCCGAGGCCCAGGGGCCGUCGGCCUGGCGGCGCUGGCCGCGCGCUCCCGGGCGGUCUACCUCCCUGGCUUCGCGCCCGUGGAGUACGACCAGGGCGUCCCGGUCGAGUUGAAGGUGAACAAGCUCACCUCUGUCAAGACGCAGUUGCCGUAUCGGUAUUACACGUUGCCGUAUUGCGAGCCCGCGGGUGGCAUCAAGGAGAGCCAGGAGAACCUUGGCGAGACGCUGACAGGGGACCAGAUUGAGAACUCCCCAUACGAGAUCAAGGUGCUCAUCAACCAGUCCUGCACCACGUCGCCAGCCGAGAGCCCCCCGAGAGUGAUUCCCGCGAGUGGUCCAGAUUCGCCUGCCGGCGGCGACGCGCUCCCCCCCCCGACGGACUGCGGCCUCCGGAGGGCUGCCCAGCCGCACCUGUCCGCGGGGGAGGCGCACAGCGCGCUCGCCCCCUCCAGCGGGCCAGCCAGGCUCUGCACGCAGAAGCUGACCGCCGAGCAAAAGGACGCCGUGGCAGCCGCACCCCGCGGGGCGGGCGGCGGUCGGUGCCUGCUUCUGGGCGGCGGACCCAGAUACAUGCUCGCGUCGUGACAGAACUCAUGGCGGAUUGUUUGCGUUAUUGUCGGCAUCUGGGUUUUCGCCAGGCCCCGG